GAGGAACGUUUGGCUGGAGGUUGGAUGUGGCAGUAGCGCCCUGGUUGUGUGCGUGUCUUGAGGUAGUGGUACUGUCUACCAGGUGUUUUCCACUAACAUAGAUUUUCCCUGCUUCUUGAAGGCCAUGGUAGUAGCUGCCUAGUGUCAUGGUAGUAACUUGAGAGUACUUGACUUAAUGCUUAGUGUUUUGUGCUGUCGUGGAGCUCACUGCAGCAGCUUUCUUCCCCACAGACUUAUGGAGUGAAGGGUGAACGUUGGUCCAGGUGGCGAGCUGUGGUGGUACAAAGAGAUGGAAUGAACACCAGAUGAUUCACCUGGGCAGGAUUGUUUGUGACCUGAAGUUCCCAGAAUCAAGGGAAAGUGACAGUAUCAAGCAACAUACAUUAAUGACCAGGGAAAACUGAAGAGAGGGAACUGAAUUUCUGACGAUUUUUUGCCAGCAGUCAACGUCAUAGUCGACAAGGAGAAGAUUGGAGACAAUUAAAGGAAGAGGAGCUUUGACGUCACCAUUGAAGACCUAUUGUAUUAAUGUAAUCGACAUUUGCUGUGGAGUGGAAUUAUUUACAUGGAGCUUAAAUAAUGAUGACGAUGUCGAACAAAAGGUUGUGGUGCAUGCGGUCUAGAGCUAGAGUCCACCUCAGACCGUCCACAGUCCUCGCCACCUGCUGCCUCCUGGCCUCUGUCUGCAUACUCCUUAACAGUGUUCUGAUGAUUGACAGAACUUCAUCUAAGAUUCCUGUUCAAAUCAUCAACAUGGACGAGGAUGAUUUCCAACCUGAGGGUCACCCAUCACCAACCCAUCACCACCACUCACUACCCAAGACCCAGCACUCACCCGAGAAUGAUCACUUACUUCCUAAGAACCAUCAUUCACAAUCCCCAAACCACCACCAGUUUCCAGCACCCUCUUCCAACUGGCUUACCUCUCAACCUCCAACUAGUUCAUGGCUAAUAUCUCCCGGUAGGUCUCGACGCCCCCAGCAUAAAAGCGGGCACAAAAUCCUCUCUCAUGGGAAGAAUAUUGCAGAGCAUAAUUCAGAAAACAAAAAUGUUUAUCCUGUUGAUGCGCAUAAAAGCGGAGUCUCGAACAAAAGUUUGAAACAGAUGAAAAGCGUAUAUACGGACAAAGCAUAUAUCAAUAAUAAGAUCAGUGGAAUGGAAAAUAAAUUUGACAAUUCUUUAAAGGCUGGUAAAAGUAAGCCGUCGGCUGGUUUCACUGGAAAACCUUCCUCGCCAGGGAGUGGUUGGUUGGACAUUGUCCGAAGCGUGGUUCGAGGUGAGAAAAAUGUGAACCCCGGUAUGCUGCUGGGUGCUGUGGCGGCACUGAAGACACUCCACACAGCGUCCGACUCACAAAAUAGUCCACUGAGUUCCGUGAUGAGCGCUGCUCAAGCGCUCCAGCGAGUCGUGUUUCCUCAACCUCAAGAGGUAGAGGGAGGCCUACCAGAAACGCAAGGUUUUCUAAAAUCUAAAUUCAGAAGUAUAGAAGAAAAACAUAACACAAACACUGAAAGUCGAUCUCCAUUGGAAGGGAAACAAAUGGACAUCAGUGUAUUAAACCCGAGGGUAGACAGCAACUUACGUAAAAACAUUCAUUCCAAUGUUUCCAAUAUGCCUUCGAAACAUCGAAAUUCAAGCCCAGGUAAAUUUCGAAGUGUAGUAGGCUCUGUGGUGUCACUUCUGGGUCAAGGAACAGCAGAUAAACAUGGAAGCCAGAGUCUGGCGGAGUCCUUCAUUAACAAUCUUGCUUUUCCUUUGCUCGCUGAAGCACUCUCCAGCAAUAAUAACAAGGCUGACACUUCUAGUCCUCUUCAUUCUCUCAUGAAUGGAAUAGGUCCGGCGCUGCUGACUGGGAUGAUACAACAGGGGUUUGGGGGAGGAGGAAAUUCUGAUCUAAGAAACUCGUUUAAUUCAGCAACGUCUAGUCCUCUUCAGUCUCUCAUAUCUAAGAUGGGACCAUCCAUUUUAGCAGGUGCUGUACAGAAUGGACUCAGUGCUAUGCAAGGUGACAAGAAGAGAGAAACAGGAUUAAGUAAUUCAAGUCCCGUGCAGUCAAUUUUAAGUGGCAUCGGAUCGGCUCUCGUGGCAGGUUUAACACAAGACAAAUCGAUAAAAAGUCUAAGGUCAAAGACAAACAAGGACUCCCCUACGUCUAAUCCUGUUCAAUCAAUUAUAUUUGGAUUAGCACCGGCUUUAGUAGCAGGAGCAUUUAAGUAUGGACUGAGCAAUGACAAGACUAAAAGCUCUCCUACAGCAAGUAAAUCUAGUGUUUCGCAGCCUGUGAUGAAUAACCUAAGAUCAGCAAUUUCUCCUACUUUAGUUGAGGAAAGACCUGGCUCAGGAGUGCAGAGUAGGAACCAAAGACUUCCUCGAGAUGCAGUGACUGGAGGUGUACAUAAUGUUCCAGUGGGUGUGAAAAUACGAAAUGGUAGGACUCUCCAAGUGGACAACAACGAAAGGGAAAGAAAGUCACAAGAUUUCAGAGUAAUCCUGGAAGACGAAGACAACGCGGCAGAAACCUCAAACGACAAUAAUGUGAGUGCAAGGAUCAACACCCCAGGAGAGAGUGACACAAAAAUCAACAAGGUGCAGGAGACCCAGGGUGGACUGGUGCGUCUACUGGCCAAGACAGUGGUGGGAAACUUGUUACCGGAAGAACUCCCAGUACCGGAGCUCAACUCCACCCGCGGCGCCUGGGACAUGGCCGUCAACCUAGCCUUCGGAAACCCUAAAGACACAAAGGGAAGAACAAGUCAGUUCUGGGAAUGGCUGAGGGAGUAUGGUGGAAGCGGAGGAGCUACGCCCACACCCGCCCCCUGGCUCAACCAAGCAUUGCACAACCCACAGAGAGCCGCCCACACCCUCGAGAUCGCCAGAGUAUACGAAAUGAUGGAGGUGCGCGAGUCAACAUGUACUAAUGUGAAGUUGGUGGGAGGUGUGUUCAACUGGAAGAAGAAUGUACUGGAUGGGUCUCGGGCGGUAUGUAUGGAUGCGGACGUCGCCCCCAGAAAGGACUCCUGCAUCGUUUACUCCUUCGCGAUGCAAACAAAGUGGAGCUUCGAGGAGGACAUGGAGAGAAUGGGGUGCAAGGUUUGGGCAUUUGACCCAUCUGUGAGUAAUGGAAGUGAGAGCAGCGUCUCCAACCUGCACUUGUACAGUGUUGGUCUGGCAGCUACCAACACUAGCAAGCUGGUACAAGGCCAGGAGUGGCAUCUCUUACCGUUCUCCUCUGUGCUGGAGCAAAUGGGUCAUCAGACUACCACGAUCGACUACCUCAAGCUGGACAUCCAAGGUGAUGAGUGGGAGGUGAGUGAAAUCAAAGAGGUACAAUUAGGAGAGUUGAGUACAAAAAAUUAA